CAGGAAAUAAUCGAAUUGGUCUUAGUACUAGUUGACGCUUAUAUUGCACAUACAUCGAUUAUUAUUGAAAUUCAGCCUUCAUUCGUUAACAGAGUAUAGUUCAACGUGGAGUUACAGAAACACCGGCCAUAUUUCGGAGUGUUUGGAUAUACAUGAUUUCGUCUUGCCAGACCAUCUUGAGUGAACUUGGGCUAACACACCAUGGCGAAAUUACUCACGAUGACGAGGCGAUGGCUACUUCGUGCACUCCGGCCAAGGCCAGGAAUGUUGAAGAGGAAGCUGGGGUGGGUAUUAUUCAUCGUCUUGCUUUCAUUCCUCAUCGUGCUCUCGGUUUUUGAUGACGUGUUCAGAAACGCCGUUGGUGUUGGCAGAAUCUCAUACAACGUUCCCCGAUACCUUGACGAGAAGGACACCGCCCCGAUCAACUGCCAGUACCUCUUCGAAGGCAGGAAAACUGAAAUAGAGAGAGCCAAAUACAAAAUGGCCAGCGAUUACGACUAUUUGGCUAACUUAGACGACUCUUACAUCAGAACAGGAACGAAUGACUGUUCGAAGUUUAAGCAGGAUCAUGGAUACAUUAUGAACGUUUCCAAGGAAGAGGAGGAGUUCCCCAUUGCUUUCAGCAUUGUUCUUUAUAAAGACGCUCAGCAAGCGGAGAGGUUAUUACGAGCUGUGUAUAGGCCAAACAACCAUUAUUGUAUACAUGUUGACGCUAAGGCGUCGCCGUCAGUGCACGCCGCCAUGAAGAAACUAACGGAGUGUUUCGACAACGUCAAUAUGGCGUCCAAGACGUUGGACGUUACGUGGGGCAAGUUUUCGGUGCUUGAAACGGAGCUUGUGUGUAUUAGUGACCUGCUACACUUCAAGAAAUGGAAGUAUUUUAUCAAUUUAACUGGUCAGGAAUACCCAUUAAAGACGAAUCUGCAGUUGGUGAAGAUACUGAAGGCAUACAAUGGCGCCAAUGAUAUUGAUGGAACGGUCUCAAGGUAUUUCGAGAGCCUCAGAAGGUGGUGGCUGGCUGGCAGUCCACCCCACGGCAUCCGGCCCGUCUUGGGAUCCGUCCACAUCGUUGCCAACAGGGGCUUCGUCGACUAUGCAAUAAACAAUCAGGUGGCCAAAGAUUUGCUCAGAUGGGUUAGAUGGACCGAUAUUCCCGAUGAAACCUUUUUCUCCACCCUCAACCACAACCCCCAGCUUAUGAUCCCCGGGACCUAUAUAGGAAUCCCAGAAACGAAUCCCGAGAUCAAGCCCUUUUUGUCCCGUUACAAGAUCUGGGACAACGGGUUCCACAUCCUCCUGGACGACUGUCAAGGCAAGUACGUCCACGACAUCUGCAUCUUCGGAGUCGGCGAUUUGCCCCGCUUCCAGAAACGCAAAGAGCUAUUCGCCAACAAGUUCCACAUUGACUUCGAGCCCCUCGUUUACGACUGUAUGGAACAGAAAUACUUCAACACUGUCAGGGAAGAACACCGAGGAAUGUCCAACUUUGACGACACCUACUAUAAAUCUGUGGGUUUUGUUAUCAGCCAGGUGAAACCCCAGUUGAAUGAAUUGUGAUAUUUGCCAAAUUAUAGACCUUAAUAUACUCAUUUUUGUCGAUCUCAACGCUGCACUUGCUUGCCUGACCCAAACGGGAUCCUUUUGCGGGUACCGUAUUUCCUCAAAUAAAGUCCGGGGUUAAAGCAGCGGUUUAAGAAAUAAGCGCCGGGCCUGGAAGUCCGUUGAAAAAUAUAUGAGGAAAUUCGGUAUUUGUGUUGAUCUACGUUUUGCUUUAUUAUACACAUAGUCGACUAUGUUUCAAGGGUAAAGUAUUUUAAGGUUGAAGAUUUCUUGGAUUAAGUAAAAAUAUGAGAGUACGUCGUGUGUAAAAGAUAUGUUUAUUGUCAGAUGUGUUUCAAGAGCUAUAUGCAUUGGUUCAAAGUUCUCUGUCAGUGCUGGGAUAUCAGUGCGCUGUACGUUAACACUAUAUUCACCGCUUCAAUGUGUUUUAGGGGUAAUAAGUAUUGGCUCAAGAUCUGUCUGUGAAUGUGUAUAGGGUCUGUAAGUCUCGCGAGGCGAUACUUCCGGUAAUGAGCUGGUUCCCGGUUCCCUUUGCGCGCGCCAACUUCCGAUAUGCGAGACGGGGCCCAGCUUACUUCCGGUACCAGAUUUCAGGUGACAAGAGUAUAUUCAAGAACUAUAUUCAAGAACCAGCUCUGGUUCCAAAUUGCGCGACCGCCAAUGACUUUACUAGACCGAACCAAGUGUACAACCAUGCUUGGCUGUCACAGCUGUU